AUGAUGGCGAAACUAGGGAUUUUGGUCGCUUUCGUUGUGUUUCUGGAGACGGUCUCUGCGACCUCUCUUGGGGUGGUGUACACAGAGGGAGGCAUGGUGGAGGGGGAGAACAUUCGCCUUGGGUUCCGCCGUCACAUGGAUGUCUUCAGGGGAAUUCCCUUUGCUGAUAUUCCUGGAAGAUUUGAGAAACCUAAGCGUCACCCUGGCUGGGAUGGUGUUCUGAGGGCCACUGAGUACAGGAAGAGAUGUCUUCAGGUGAACCUACUCAUGACUGACACCAGAGGCAGUGAGGACUGUCUUUACCUUAACAUCUGGGUUCCUCAUGGCCGCUCAGUAUCCACUAAUCUGCCAGUCAUGGUCUGGAUCUAUGGAGGAGGCUACUUGACUGGAGGCUCAAUGGGUGCUAACUUCUUGGACAACUACCUGUACAGUGGGCAGGAGGUUGCAGACAGAGGAAAUGUUAUCGUGGUGACACUGGGAUACCGUGUAGGAACUCUGGGUUUCCUGAGCACUGGAGAUGCUGGCUUGCCAGGAAACUAUGGUCUGUGGGACCAGCAAGCUGCCAUCGCCUGGGUGAACAGGAACAUCCGCUCUUUUGGAGGAGACCCUGACAACAUUACCGUCUUUGGAGAGUCUGCAGGUGCAGCUAGUGUCAGCUUCCAGACUCUCACUCCCCACAACAAAGGUCUAUUCAAGAGAGCCAUCUCCCAGAGUGGAGUUGCCCUUUGCCCCUGGGGUGUCAUCAAGAACCCUCGCAAGAUUGCUGAAGAGGUUGCUCUGAAGGUCAACUGCCCAACUGAUGACCGUAUGGCUGCCUGUUUGAAAAUGACAGACCCUGUGCUCCUUACAAUGGCUGGUACCCUCAAAAUCGCCAGUUCACCUGAUGCCCCCAUUGUAAACAACCUGAUCCUGUCAGCUGUAAUUGAUGGGGACUUCCUGCCUGAUGAACCCUACAACUUGUUCCACAAUGCGGCCGAAAUUGACUACAUUGCUGGAGUCAAUGACAUGGACGGACACCUCUUUACUGGUCUUGACGUUCCUUCAAUCAAUUCCCAACUGGUGGAUACAUCUAUUGAUGAUGUGAAGAGGCUCCUGGCCACAUACACUAAAGAGAAGGGCAAGGCUGGUAUGGAUGAGGCCUUCUCCACAUAUACGUCAACAUGGGGCACAAAUCCCAGCAGGGAGAUCAUUAAGAAAACAGUUGUGGAGAUUGGAACAGACUACAUCUUCUUGAUUCCUACACAGACUGCCCUUUACCUUCAUGCUACCCAUGCCACAACUGGUCGCACCUAUUCCUACCUAUUCUCCGAGCCCAACCGUAUGGGUGGUCUUACCUUGCCCUACCCCAGUUGGAUGGGAGCCGACCACGCCGAUGACCUGCAGUAUAUGUUUGGAAAGCCUUUCACUACACCACUGGCAUACUGGCCUCGCCACCGUGAUGUCUCCGGAUACAUGAUCGCCUACUGGACCAACUUUGCCAGAACUGGAGAUCCCAACAAAGGUGAGCUGAAUGUGCCCGCUACAUGGCCCAGAUUCACCACCACUGGACACCAGUACCUGGAGAUCAAUUCCAAGAUGGACAAGAGCUAUGUUAGACAGAAGAUGAGGACACGCUAUUUGCACUUUUGGACCAGCACCCUGCCCAGCCUUCCCACAGUGAUCUCAGAAUAA